UCUAACUCUAAGUCCCACAGGGGAGAUAUGAAUCUUGGAGUUCCUAGCUCCAGCGCCAUCCUCCCUGCAUCCUCGGAGGGGGUUGGAAUGCCACAGUAGAGGCCGAACAUUGAGAAGAGGGCAGAUUCUACAAGAUCUUGGAGACAUCUGCGGCUUAAUGGGGACUUUCCAACAUUCCAGACUGCUGUCCUACAAUGAAGCUCUGAGUCACUGACCCAAGUACUGGCAACAAUGUGGACACCUAGGACAGCCAGCGUCAGGCACCGUCAGUGUAAGCAGCAGCCCAGAGCUAGUGUGGCCUGAAACUCCAGCAAGCGCUAGAGAAAGCCUCCCGUGUUCAUGGAAAGAGGAAAGGAAAGUAUUCCCAGCCAAUCACAACGACCUUUCUGCGGUUCCAAGGAGCCCACCUUCCUUAUCCAUCAGGCUGUCCUGCCUAGAGAUUUCCACUCGACCCUUCUGCCAGAAAUACAGUGUGGAGAUCUCACUGAAAACAGAAAGACCAACGCUCAGAAAAGGAGACCUGGAACAGUGAUACUAUCAAAACGCCCAAGUAGAACUAUGUCAGGAAGCCAGCCUAGCCCUCCUGUGAUCCCACCCCGCAGACCGGGGUUCCGGAUAUGCUACAUCUGUGGCCGAGAGUUUGGGUCCCAGUCACUUGGCAUUCAUGAACCCCAGUGCCUGGAGAAGUGGCGCAUUGAGAACAGCAAACUGCCCAAGCACUUGAGGAGGCCAGAACCCUCCAAACCACAGCCCAUCGGUGGCAGUGGCUCCUACAGCCUUCAGGCAGCCAACGAGGAGGCAUUUCAGAGUGCACAGGCUCAGCUGCUCCCCUGUGGCUACUGUGGCCGCACAUUCUUGCCAGAUCGUCUCCAGGUUCACCAGAGAAGCUGCAAACCAAAGGGUGAGAAUCCCAGAACACCAGAUACGGAUGGUCCUGAUGUUCCUAGUGGUCUCAAGAAAGCUUCUAGCGGCAUCCCAGCCCGACCAAGGACUCUCAUCUGUUACAUUUGUGGUAGGGAAUUUGGCACACUGUCCCUUCCUAUCCAUGAGCCCAAAUGCUUGGAAAAGUGGAAGAUUGAGAAUGACCGGCUCCCUAGAGAACUGCGUAGGCCACUGCCCCAGAAGCCCCAACCCCUUCCAACUGGACAGCCUAGCCAAGAAGGGGCCAGUGUAGCUGCGCUUGUGCCUUGCCCAAACUGUGGCCGGACCUUUGCCCCAGACCGCCUACCUGUACACCAGAGAAGUUGUAAAUCUCAACCCAAUGGGCAAAAAAUUCCAGAUUCGAACUUAGAAAGGAAAAGCGGCCCAAAUGUACCCACCAAUUCCAAGCAACAAAGGAACGUGGCAGCAGGAAAUGAGGACAAGGUAACUGAUGUGGUAUAGGAUAAAGUAGGUGGACUGGGGACAUAACGCAUCUUCAAAGGGAUGAGAGAAUUGUUCCCAGAGCCAGCCACCUCAGCCCCAAGGAUGGUGUCUCUCAAAGCCUUACUUGUGUCUCAAGGCAGUCUGUCCAAGUGGAUCUCCUUUUGAACUCCAGGGCCUGUGUCUUUUUUGGCAAAGCAGACCUAACAACAACACACUUGCCUGGUUGGUUCAUAAUCCUCUCCAGUCCUACAGCCUAAAAGAGAUGGACUUUUUUUCCCCCUCUGAUCCCUCAUCCCAAUAAUCCCCGGGAGAGACUGUUACUUAAAAUGAGUCAUUAAUGCUGUGUCUACAUUACAGAGAUAUAAUUCCCAUUCCAACAGCCAAUGUUUAUUGCUGGUUUAUUUUAGUCAUCUACCUUAGGAAUUCAGCUUUGGCAACGAUGGGUUAUGCUGAGUUUAUCUUACUAAAAUAGAAUCUGUGUCAAAAACCCCAAAUGACUUUAGCAAUAACUAAACACUGGGGUACUUGCUAGGGUCUAUGUGUUUUGCAGAUGCAGUAUGAUUUCAUUUAAGUCAUACAUGAUUAUAAGUGUGUGUGUGUGUGUGUGUGUAGUGGGGGGUGAGGGUUAACCCCAGCAUGGAUUCUGAAACAACUAGAUAUGCAAGCAUGGUUCUGGGUAGAGCCCAGUCCUGUGUUUUUCUGUACACUUUGUGGACACUGUUCAUUGAAUCGGGUCCCCCGACCUCAGUCAUUCUAAACAAGCAUGAACUCAGGUGUCAUCAGCCUAUAAGGUGAAAGUUGUUGGCAUUUUUCCUGGGGUGUCUCCAUCAGGAGGAUUGAGUGGGGACGCUUAUGAAGGCUGCUAACUGAGCAAUAGAACUUGGUACAUGCUCUUUGUUCCGCUGUUAAACCAGGACACUGGCCUGUCACAUCUCACAUGUCAAACUGUAAGAAAUAGGAGGUGGUCUUUUCUCAGGGCUAUUUGAAUUCCAAGAAUGCUCAGACCCCCUAAUCACACACUCUUGACAGCAGCCUUUAGCUAGAUAAUGUUUUUAAAUGGAGCAGUUUAAGGAAACGAAUGUUAUUCAAACUGUUAUUAAACUGGAGUGAUAGGGGCACAUCUUUUAUUGUGAUCUAGCUUCUCUUGGCUUUAUUUUUUUAUUACUCUGAGGACUGUCUAGUCUUGUUCCUAGUUUCCAUGACUAAAAAGCACAGACUUACUGGUUUUGAAGAUUCCAUGACAGUGAUCCUAAAGCAGAGAAGUUAGACUAACAUGCUGGACAGUUUUUCCAGUGACUAUUGAAGAAAGAAAAAAAAAAUUCAAACGGCUAAAUUCCUGCCUGAUGAAAACCCAAAUGCUUAAGUGUGGCAUGGGCUCCAAGUUGGUCUCAUAAGCCCGAUCUGUUUUUCCUAUCUUCUGUCUGUUGCUUUUCUUCCAAUAUGUGUGGGGUCUGGAGUCAGAGAGUAAAAGAAUCUGUGUCUCGGGGCCACCAAGCAGCAACCCUCCUGGCAUUCUGACUUAGAGCCUGCUUCUUGACUGCAUGCAUUUACAUCAAACAUUCUCAUCACAGACCUAGAGCUAGGGAGGAGUGUGGUCGGCAUUCUCGUGCUUAUUGUCGUAACACAUACUUCGUGCUCCAAGACUGGAGUCAACAGGCUGAGUACAACAUGUUCUCCCAGUCACAGCUGCUAAGACAGACUGACCGGGCUGGCCCAGGGUGUCACAGAAAGACAUCUUCCUCACCCUUCCAGUUCCCUGGAGGAGAAAAUGUCUGCAGAAGCCAGUGGUGGCUUCUCUAUGAUAUCUGCAUGUAUGUGAGAGUCCAGGGAAGCCCCUGGAGGACUAGAUGUUGUCAGUGUGCACCCAAGCCCUCAAAGGCCUAGCCUUGCUGUGUGUCAGUAAAAAAGUGACACCCAUCACUACUAGCUACCAUAUAAGGCCUCGGAAGACACUGCAAGGUCAUCUAACCGAGGGUUCAUAGUCAGAUUUAAAUUAAGCUUAGGUUAAUUAAAAUGGAGCACAUUUUAGACUUCACUAAAGCAUAAGAUUUUUUUGGAACUGAUGGGUGUGAUCUGUACCUUCAGACAUUGUUUUCAAGAUGCAUUCAGAAGAAAACCUUUCUGCUUACUGUACCUUGCUUUCUUGAUCCUAUCUGUUGAAAUUUUAGCUUCUUUAUACCAUUUACAACUUCAUGCAAUGAGUCCCUCAUUUUUCAUAGAGCGCUGACCUAUACAUUAUUAGAUUCUGGGGCUGUAUCUGCCUGUAACCGCUGUCUUGUGGCUGACUGAAGUGUGUGUGCUUUGCUCUUUAGAACAUGGAUGCUUGCUUCGUCUCUUUCUCUUGUUGACUGGAGCAGUCUUACUUUGGAAUUCUUGAUCUGACUUUGGGUUAGCAUCAGCCCCCUUGCCAGAUACUCUCAAGGGGCUCAACCUGAAUUCCAGAGAGGAAAAACAAGUUCACAAUGGGAAUAGAAUUUGCUCCAAGUGGGUGACAGUGACUUUCGCUGGCCAAGUGCAGUGUUUCUCAGAACAUUCCUCUACUGUAGACUGGUUCUGCCUUCCCUUGGGAUGCAGCUGCUAUUGUUUGCCUUCAAUCAAAGAGAACAAAAAUAAAUGCCACCGAGAGAUCUAAGAUCUGCUGGGAGAUCUAAGUGGGCAUCUUGCUUUGUUCUUCUAGGAACUCAAAUUCUCUUGCUACUUAUGAUCUGAAGUACAGAGCCAAAUCUAUACUCUUGGUGAUCUCACAGAAAAAGGAACUGAAGUUACAGACGGUUGUGAAUUUUGCUGGUAACACAUUAAAUGUUCCUAAAACUCCUGCUUUAUGUCGCAAAGCAGACAUUAUUUUUAUUAAGGGACACUAUCUUUUCUACAGAAGAAUGUCUCUCUGAAUGUGGCUCUAGCAGUGUUUAAGGGGCAUAAAACCCUAGUGUGCAAUUACGUAAAAGUGUGACUGUCCUAGGGCCAUCGUUGUCUGGCUCUGUGUUGUAACAACCAGCAUUGUGGUACUUCCUUCCUCUGAAGAAAAGCUUGGAUGAGAUACACCUAGUUUAAAAUUGUUAUUAACUUUAUAUGAAGUUUUGAUGCACAGUAAAGAUACAGGUUAUUGUUUUGAUUUUUAAUAUUGUGUUUGAUUAAUCGAAUAUUCCAAUACUCAUUUUGUAAGUGAUUUUUCUAUUACAACUGAUGAAGACUAUAAUAGAGGCCAUUGUUAGUCCUUAUUUUAAAAUGGAAUAAAUGUGAACAUUUUGGAUCCUUUUA